AUGAGUAGUCAGGAAGAAAAUAGUGCUGCUGCAUGUUCGUCAACAUCGAAGAAGCCUACUUCUGCUUCUUUGCAAAACGAUCUUCUUUUAUACUUGAAUACACAUGAUGAAUUAAAUACAUGGUCAUAUGCAAAUGAACAUAAUAUUGAUCAUCAACUUGUCAUUGGUACUUUUCGUAGUAUUCAAUCGAUAGGUGAUAUUAUCAAUAUGGAACAACGUACAUCACGAUCAAUAGCACCAACUGAUGAAGGAAAAACCUUAAUUGCAAAUGGAAGUUAUGAAUACAAUUUAUUUCAAGCUGUUCCUUCUAAUAAAGGCAUUGAACAGUCCGAACUUAUGUAUGUAGAUGUCGUAGGAUAA